AGGAAUAUUUAGCUGUCAGAAGGUCUUGUCAUACAAACAUUGAUAAUAAAAAUGAUACAAUCAAGGUAAUGAACCUGAUACACUCGAAUGGGAAGAUAUAUUUCUAUUAUGAGAACAUUCCUACAGGACUUAAGAAAGGCGAUGUUGAAUCGAGCUUUAUUUAUUAUUUCAAAUGUGGGCAAGAAUUGAGAAAGGCUAAAAUAGAUGUUCCUCACGAAUGGAUCAAAAGUGGAACGCUAGUAGAAUAUGAAGUUCUCGGUGGUAUGUCAAACUUUAUUUUAUCAGAGUUGACUAUUUUCAUACUUGAAUCAAUCAACUUUGUUUUAUAA